AAGACAGGAUGGCGUCUUUCUUUUCCGAUUUUGGCCUUAUGUGGUACCUGGAAGAGCUAAACAAGAAGGAGUUCAUGAAGUUCAAGGAGGCCCUCAAGCAGGAGAUGGUGCAGUAUGGGUUGCAGCAGAUUCCUUGGACUGAGGUGAAGAAGGCGUCACGAGAAGACCUUGCCAACUUGCUGGUGAAGCAUUAUGAGGAGAAGAAAGCCUGGGAUAUGACCUUCAGAAUCUUCCAGAAUAUCGACAGGAAGGAUCUCAGUGAGAGGGCAGCAAGAGAGAUUGCUGGACACUCAAAGAUGUAUCAAGCUCAUUUGAAGAAGAAGCUGAGCCAGGAUUGGUCCAGAAAGUUCAACAUCCCAAUUCAGGAGUUCCUGAAGCAGAAAUUCACCCUGGAUGAAUGCAUCCGUUUCGAGCAGCUUUUCACACCAAAGGCAACUGAGAAGCAGCCACACACAGUGGUCCUGAGAGGAGUAUCAGGGAUUGGCAAGACACUGAUGAUGGCCAAGCUAACGCUGGCCUGGUCAGAUGGCCAGGUGUUUCAGAACAAAUUCUCCUACAUCUUCUCCCUGUGCUGCCAUGACAUAAAGCCAUUGAAGACAGCGAGCCUGGCUGACCUGAUCUCCAGAGAGUGGCCCAGCCCCUCAGCUCCCAUAGUGGAGAUAGUAUCCGAACCCGAGAAGCUCCUGUUCAUCAUUGACAGCUUAGAAGCGCUGAAUUGUGAUUUGGCCGAACCGGAAUUGGAGCUGUGUGAUAAUUGGAUGGAGAAGCGGCCAGUGAAUAUACUGCUGAGCAGUCUGCUCAGGAGGAAGAUACUCCCAGAAUCCUCUCUCCUCAUCACUGCUACCCCAGAGACUUUUGAUAAGUUGGAGGACAGGAUACACUACACAGAAAUGAAAAUAAUGAUGGGCUUUGAUGAGAGCAGUAGGAAGAUGUAUUUCGAAGGCUUGUUCCAAGACAAGAACAGAGCCCAAGAAGUCUUCAGGUUGGUAAGGGAAAAUGAACAGGUGUUCAAUAUAUGUCAGGUCCCUUUGCUCUGCUGGCUGGUGGCUACUUGUCUAAAAAAUGAAAUGGAGAAGGGAGGAGACCCGGCCUCCAUCUGCAGACGUGCCACCUCUGUGUACACCACUUUUAUCCUCAAUUUGUUCAUUCCCAAAAGUGCUCAAAAUCCAAGUAAAAAAAGCCAAAACCUAUUUCUGGGCCUGUGUUCCCUGGCUGCCGAGGGUAUGUGGACUGACAAAUUUGCAUUUAACCAGGAGGACCUUGGGAAAAAUGGGAUUGUCACCUCAGACAUCUCCACACUGCUGAACAUGAGGAUAUUUCUGAAGAGCAAGGACUCCAAGAAUAUGUACACGUUCCUCCACCCAUCCGUCCAGGAGUUCUGUGCCGCCAUGUUUUACCUGGUGAAGAGCCACAGCGACCACCAUAGUAAAGACGUUCAGGGGAUAGAGGCACUGCUGCUCACGUUUCUAAAGAAAGUCAGGGUGCAGUGGAUUUUCGUGGGCUGUUUCAUCUUUGGCCUUCUGCACAAAUCGGAACAAGAGAAGCUAGAGAUGUUUUUUGGCUACCAGUUGUCCCAGGAGGUAAAGCAGAAGUUGUGUGAGAGCCUGGAGAAGAUCAGUGCCGACGAAGAGCUUCGGGAACAAGUCGAUGACAUGAAGCUGUUUUACUGUCUGUUUGAGAUGGAGGAUGAGGCUUUUGUCAUGCAGACGAUGAGCUUCCUGCAGCAGAUCAAGUUUGUGGCCAAGGAUUAUUCUGACCUGAUUGUGGCCUCCUACUGCUUGAAGUACUGUUCUACCCUGAAGACGAUAUCCUUUUCAACCCAAGACAUCCUGCAGGAAGAGCGAGAACACAGCUAUCUGGAAAAGCUGCUCAUCUGUUGGCAAGAUGUGUGCUCUGUGCUUGUAAGCUGUCAGCAAAUGCAGAUCCUCCAGGUGAAAGACACUUAUCUGGAUGAGUCGGCCUUCUUAGUGUUGUAUACUCAUCUGCAGCAUCCCAGCUGUACCCCUCAUAUAUUAGAGGUAAACAACGUGUCCUUCUCGUGUGACAACCACCUGUUCUUUGAGCUGCUGAAUCAGAAACAGAGCCUGAGACACUUGGACCUCAGCCUCACUUCCCUCUCCCGCAGUGACGUGAAAGUGUUGUGUGACAUGCUGAACCAGGACGAGUGUAACAUAGAAAAGCUCCUGGUAGCAGGCUGCCAGCUUUCCCCCGAUGACUGCAAGAAUUUUGCCUCCAUCCUGAUCAGCAGCAAGAAGCUGACGCAUCUUAAUGUCGCAUGCAACAGCUUGGACAAAGGGAUACACUUGCUCUGCAAGGCUUUGUGCCACCCAGACUGUGUUCUGAAGAACUUAGUGUUGGCCAACUGCUCCCUCAGUGAGAAAUGCUGGGAUUACCUUUCUGAUGUUCUUAAACGGAACAAAACCCUGACUCACCUAGACAUCAGCUCCAAUGACGUUAAGGACAAAGGACUGAAGGUUCUCUGCAAGGCUCUGAGUCUCCCGGACAGUGUCCUGAAGUCACUAUUUUUGCGACGUUGCCUCAUCACCACUAGUGGCUGCCAAGACCUGGCUGAAGUCCUCAGCAUCAACCAGAACCUGAGAAGCCUCCAGAUUUCCAACAAUAAGCUUCAAGACGCUGGAGUGAAGCUGCUGUGCGAUGCUAUCAAACAACCCAACUGCCACUUAGAGAAUAUUGGGUUGGAAGGCUGUGAGCUAACUGGGGCCUGUUGUGAGGACCUGGCUUCCAUUUUUAGCCAGAAUAAAACCCUGUGGGCAAUCAACCUGAGGCAGAACGCCUUGGACCGCCGUGGGCUGGCUAUGCUGUGCGAGGCUGUGAAACAUCACAGGUGUACGCUGCAUGUACUUGGGCUACGAAUUACCGACUUUGAUAAGGAAACCCAGGAGCUUCUGCUUGCUGAGGAGGAGAAAAAUCCCUACUUGACCAUCGUAAGCAGUGCCAAGGCAGAGGGGAUGGGGGAGAAGGGCAAGGCCUGUCAGAGCCACAAGCUCCGGUGGGCUGGGGCCCCUUCCCCAGGAGCCCGCUGGCCAUCCAGUCUAGCAGAAACAGUGGACUUGGGGAUUGGAGAGAGAUCCUGUCUCAGCACAAUGGUGGAGAGUGAUUAUGAGAGUCCCAUCACACCCAGGGAGAAGAAUUCCAUCCCCAAACUCUUUGAAAUGUUUCUCCAUGGUGUUCAGGCUUGUGAGGGUACAAGACUUAGUCCCAAGGCAGCUUAUGGAUGGCCAAGGCCCAUAGAAGUAGCAACUUCAAAACCAAAGUUGUGGAAGCUACAAGGGAUUUUCAGCAGGAGCCGACGGUACAGCCUCCACCCAAGCUCCAGUUCUGACUGUCCGCUGUAG